GGUCUCCUGUUGCUCCAGGAGAAGGUGGAGAUGCAGCGGCAGCGCUUCAGGUUGGAGUUUGAGAAGCACCGCGGCUUUCUGGCCCUUGAAGAGCAGCUGCAGCUGCGGAGGCUGGAGGAGGAGGAGAGAGCCACCCUGCAGAGACUUCGGGACAGUAAGGACCAGCUGGCCCAGCACAGCAAGGCCCUCAAGGAGCUGGCAGAGGAGCUGGAGGAGAGGUGCCAGCGCCCAGCCCUGGGGCUGCUGGAGGGUGUGCAAGGAGCCCUGAGCCGGUAA